AUGGAUAUUUCAAGUAAUCCAAGUUCAAGAAGUGACAAUGUGACUCCUAAUACGGGAUCUUCCACUCCUAAUACUGAAACUUCCACUCCUACACCCACUUCUUCAUUACGUACCAAAACUGAUCCUGCAUGGGCACAUAUUGCAUACAAAAAAGAGGGGACACAGAAUAUAUAUACUUGUCUUUUCUGUGCUAAUAGUUAUAGAGGAGGUGGGAUAAAUAGGAUGAAGCAACAUCUUGCUGGUAUCACUGGUCAAAUAGCUUCUUGUAAGAAAGUUCCACAUGAUGUACGCCAUAGAAUGUCUGAAUCUUUGAAAGAAUCUUCAAAAGUUGAAAACUUAGAAGAGGAUGUUGAAGAAACCCAUGUUGAUCCACAAAUUAUCAUGAGUACUUCGAAGAAGAGGAAAGCUAGUGGGAGUAUGGACAAUUAUUUUGCUCCUAGGACAACCCCUGAUUCCCAACCGGGUGUUAAAAGUGCAUUAGCAACUAAAGAAGCAAAACAUAAUGUGAAAAUGUUGAUUGCUGAAUGGGCUAUUGUGAACUGUAUUCCGUUUAAAGCAUUUGAUUGCCCUUUAUUUCAAAAAGCUGUGGAUGGAAUUGCUUCAAUUGGGCCUGGGUUUAAAGCCCCUAGUGCUUAUGAUUUCAAAACCAAUUUAUUGGGUGAUUGGAAAAAAGAAUGUCAGUUGCUGAUUGAUUGUCAUCGAGCUAAAUGGAAAAACAAUGGCUGCACACUCAUGGCUGAUGGAUGGACCGAUGUUAGACAAUGCACUUUGAUAAAUUUCUUAGUGUAUUCUACACACGGUAUGGUAUUUGUGAAAUCUGUUGAUGCAUUAGAUCUAGUCAAAGAUGCUAAAACUUUAUUUACACUAUUCUGUGAAGUCAUUGAGUGGAUUGGUCCUAAGAAUAUUGUUCAUGUAGUGACUGACAAUGUAGCCAACUAUGUAGCAUGUGGCAAACUGAUUAAGGAAAAGUAUAAAAGCAUUUAUUGGUCUCCUUGUGCUGCUCAUUGUUUGAAUCUUGUAUUGAAAGACUUUUCCAGCAUGCCUCAUGUGUCGGACCUUGCAUCAAAGGCAUCAAGAAUAACCAUCUUUGCAUACAAUCAUAUGGUUUUCUUAUCCUGGCUGAGAAAAAGACCGAGUUGGAAAGAAAUUGUGCGUCCUGGUGCCACAAGAUUUGCUACUACAUUUAUUACAUUGCAUAGCAUAUAUAUGCACAAAAAUGACUUGCAAGCUUUGGUUGUUGAUAAGCAUUUUGUGGACCACAAAUUAUCCAAGACCGAAGCAGGAAAAAUUUUUAGUGCAAUCAUAUUAGAUAACCGGUUUUGGAAUGACUGUUAUGAAGUUGUAAAGAUUGUAUCUCCUUUGAUAAAAUUAUUAUGA